AUGUCACAACAGCUCCAGUACCAGGGUCACCGGAAACGGAGUAACACAUACCCUUCCACCGUACGCAUAUACCCUACUUGCCAAAAUAACCUACGUCGACAAAAGGUACGAUUCCUCCCAGUGCGUAAAUUGAAAGGACAGCGCCUUUCACCACACGACCGACUUCGAGAACAUGCCAAGAGUGAGUAUCUCACUGAACCUGCAAAACUCUUGCCACGUGGUACCCUGGAGCGGAAAGAUGACACCAAGCAAGGCCUUCGCCCGUUACUCGCUCAUGCCUCAUCCGUCGGCCCAUCCUGGAUUUCCUCACCCUCGAAGACCAUAACUUCUCUCAUUCCUAUGUUGGACCGCGACGCUCAGCCUGAAAUGACGUCCCGUUCUCGUACCAUGCCGACUCUCAGCAAAGGCAAUGCCCCUAUCGUCGACGAUCCUUUCACUUCAAUGUCCAACCUCCAUGGCCCCAGAAAUCUUCGCAGGGGAAAGGACCCUAUUGUCUAUAACACUUUCACCACUCCCACUACCACGACCAAGACUGGCAGCAGCAGCGAGCCGGCCAGCAAACCGGUGCUCAAAUUCCUCAGCGUCAAAGAACGCAUGCAGGAACUCAUGGAGAAGCGCGAAAGAAACAGAGAGAACCGCGGCGGUCCACUAUCUAUCGCAAUGAACGAGCACGACACUGUCGACGCCCUCGCCGCGCUGCUUGACAUGCCUACAGCACCGCUACCCAAGAUCUGGAACCGCCAUCACGACCUCUACAUCGCCACCAUGGACCUCGCCGGCCGUAGUUGGAAGGCCAUGCUCAAGGGUCUCAAGCAGGAAUUUGUCGAGCUUAGGUAUGUGUCCAUGUGUGAGGGCCAGAUUGAUAAGCGUCUGCGCCAGCUCGACCAGAACGUGUGGAGCAAUGUGUACAAGGAAGCAAUGAGGGCACCGCCGAUCAUGGGCACGCCCAGGAAGGUGACGAGGAGGAGCCCGGCGUCGCGCAAUAUUGGGCCGAUCAAGAGCCAUGCACAGAUGCGUCUAGGAAAAUGGUUCAACGAGUGGGAGUAAGGAUUGUGGGCAUCGGGUGAAAAAGCAUUUGGGAGUAUGGUUAUGGUUAUGACUUUUGCAAGGCCAUGAUUUGAUAGUUUAUCUUGUUUUCAAUGGCCAUCUGUUCAUGUAGGGAGUGAGUGGUGAUUCUCUUUCCGGCGGACUGUGAUUUACGUUACGUGAUGUUUCCCGCAGCUCCCGCGCACAGUUUUCCGUAAGCUAUCUAUAUAUCUCCCCU